AUGGGAAAGGCACAAAAGAAGACCGGCAAGGGCCGUCUCGACAAAUACUACAAGCUCGCGAAAGAGCAGGGUUACAGGGCGCGUUCAGCAUUCAAGCUCAUACAACUGAACAAGAAGUACUCCUUUCUUGAAUCUGCAAGAUGUUGUAUAGAUCUUUGUGCUGCUCCCGGAGGUUGGCUCCAGGUCGCAAGUAAGUACAUGCCGGUGAACAGUGUGAUUGUCGGCGUUGACUUGGUUCCCAUCAAACCCAUCCCUCGCGUCGUGACCUUCGCCGCGGAUAUUACCACCACACACUGCCGGAAUCUCAUCCGCAACGAGCUCAAGGAUUGGAAGGCUGAUGUCGUCCUCCACGACGGUGCACCCAACGUCGGAACCGCAUGGGUCCAGGACGCGUACUCCCAAUCCGAGCUCGUGCUUAUGUCCCUCAAACUCGCUGCCGAGUUUCUCAUUAAAGGCGGCACCUUUGUCACCAAGGUUUUCCGUUCCGCAGAUUACAACAACCUCAUCUGGGUCUUCAACCAGCUUUUCGGAAAGGUCGAGGCGACGAAGCCCCCUUCUUCCCGUAACGUCUCGGCGGAGAUUUUCGUCGUGUGCCGAGACUUCCUCGCGCCCAAGCUGAUCGACCCCAAGUUCUUCGAUCCCCGGCACGUCUUCAAAGAUCUCACUGCCUCUGUGCCCGCGGAAGAAAGGGAGGCGCAGCUGUCCAAGAACGCGCAGGCGACCGUUUUCCAGCCGGAGAAAAAGCGGAGGCACCGCGAUGGUUACGCAGAUGGCGACUACACCCUAUACAAGGAGUCUGGUGCGGCCGAUUUCAUCAGGUGCGCAGAUGCUGUCGCGUUCUUGGGGACGUACAACAAGGUCACGUUCAAGACGGCGGAGGAGAAGGAGUGGCUGAGACUGGACAUCACGACCUCAGACGUUCAGGCGAAUUGUGAGGAUCUGAGGGUUCUGGGCAAGGGCGACUUCAAGGCGCUGUUGAAGUGGAGGACCGCUCUGCGCGAAGAGCUCGGUCUCGAGGUGAAAACAAAACCUACGGAAGAGCUCACGGAGACGGUGGAGGUGAUUGAGGACGUCGAUGAGGAGGAGCAGAUCCAGACCGAGCUGGAACGGCUCAACACCGAGGCCGCUGCCCGAGCCAAGCGUGAGCGGAGGCGCGCCAACGAGAUCAAGACCCGCACGAUUCAGCGCAUGCAGCUGCGGAUGACCGCGCCCAUGGACAUCGGUAUGGAGCAGUUUGACACUGCUCUCGGUGGCCACGAUGACAUGUUCGAGCUCGACGACGCCAAGGCACUUAAGGGGAAGCGCAGCGGCGCCGGCUACGACUCCGACUCCGAAGAGGAUGUCGUCGAUGCCCAGGCGGGGAAGACGAGGAGGUCUGGACUCCGACGAGGAGCGCGAGCGGAAGCUCGCAACCUCGAGGGCGAGCUCGACGAUAUGUACGAUACGUACCAGGAGCAGCUCAAGUCUCGUGAUGCCAAGUACAAGGUCAAGGAGGCCCGCAGAAAUAACAAGCUCCGCGAGGAGGACGAAGACGACAGUGACGACGAGGUGGGCGGUUGGGAUCAGGUCAACCGUGUGAAGGCACGCAUCGCUGCGGACGCGGCGAAUGUUCGCGUCGCUGGUCAAAAACGUCGGUGUGGGGACCCACCAGCUACGGAGAGCUCAUCUAGGAGCAAGAAGCCGAGAACGACCGCGACGUUCGACGGCGAUCCAAAGGCGGCCCUCAGUCGACAUUUUCGCCGGGCCGACGCCGAAAUCGAAGAUGACGAUGGGGACGAGGACUUCGAAGAUACUGAUGAUGACGACGAUGAGGAGGAGGACGCCGAUAUGGAUGAGUCCGUGUCAGAAGAGGAGGUGAGAACGCGGUCGGUAGACGCACCGGAGACAGUCUCUUACAUUCGUCGCAUCGCAGGUAGAUCCGACGAGGACGAUAUGCCGACUUCGAAGAGGUUCGGCAGGACCCUGACGGCGCCGGACGAGAUCAAGCAGGCGCGGAUACAGAAGCACGGACUGCUCACGGCGGAGGCUACAGAGACGCGGACCGAACUCGACGGCUUACCGUCUUGGUUCCUCGAUGACGAGCAGAAGCACUACAAGUCCAACCUCCCAAUCACCAAAGAGGCCGUCGCCGCACUGCGCGCCAAGAUGCGGGCGCUCGACGCGCGCCCGAUCAAAAAGGUCGCAGAGGCCAAGGCCCGUAAGAAGUUCAAAGCGGCGCAGCAACUGGAGAAGGCGAUGAAGAAGGCCGAAGGCGUGAACGAGACGUCGGACAUGACGGAGCGCGAAAAGGCGAAGCAGAUCGAGAAGGUGAUGCAGAAGGGCAUGCAGGCUAAGAAGCGCAAAGAGGUCAAGGUCGUCGUCGCGAAGGGCGCCCACAGGGGUCUUAAGGGCCGACCGAAGGGUGUCAAGGCCGGCAUUUGCGCGCGGAAUGCGUCUAAACGCACUUUGGCAGGUUCGCGCGCAGAAGCGCAGAGAAAAGGCCACCAAAAAGCGGAAGCGUACCUGAUUUCGCUAGUUAUGCCUGCCCUCUCAUCAUGCAUCUGUAGAAUCGGUUUGAGAUUAGGUUGA